GCUUUGGGUCCAAAUAUUAGAGCCAAUCUGUUGAAGAAUCUCCACAAUAAGUCGCUUGCAGAAGCUGCUAUAGCACAUUUAUCGACAGUUCCAAAGGCUAAAGGGCCUAAUGACGUCAUUGCCAGAAGAAAACAUCAAAUUACAUAUUUGGCGAAUGUUGCUGUGGCUCGAGAAGAAUUGCUUGCUGAACAAUGGUCGCAAAAUCGACAUAACAAACGAAUGUCCUCACAGAAAUAUGGUUUUUGA